CGCCGCUGGUCGGGCGCUCGGGCCGCCCCCGGGGGAGCGUCUGAGGAGGCGCGGGGCCGCGGCGGGCUAAGGCGCCGCAAGGCAGCGUCGGACUGCGGACGCUCGGUUCGGGCCCAGGGAGCCGCUCAUCCGCCACCGAUGUCCUCAAGAUGGAGGCGGCGGGGGCGACGGCGUAGGGAGGAGGGCGGCGCGGAGAGCGCGGGAGAAGGCCGAGGGGCGGCGGGGGCGGCGGGAUGGGGCUGCUGCUCAUGAUCCUGGCGUCGGUCGUGCUGGGCUCGUUCCUCACGCUGCUCGCACAGUUCCUGCUGCUCUACCGCAGACAGCCCGAGCCGCGGGCGGAUGAGGCGGCCCGCGCGGGCGACGGCUUUCGCUACCUUAAGCCGGUGCCGGGCCUGCCCCUCAGGGAGUACCUUUAUGGCGGCGGCGCCGAGGAGCCCGCUGCUGGGUCCUCCGAGGCCGGCGCCAGCCCGACCCCGACCCCCGACAGCCCGGCCCCGCCGACGCUGGAGACAUGCUACUUCCUCAACGCCACCAUCCUGUUCCUGUUCCGGGAGCUGCGGGACACCGCGCUCGCCCGCCGCUGGGUCACCAAGAAGAUCAAGGUGGAGUUCGAGGAGCUGCUGCAGACCAAGACGGCCGGCCGCCUGCUGGAGGGGCUGAGUCUGCGCGACGUGUUCCUGGGCGACACGGUGCCCUUCAUCAAGACCAUCCGGCUGGUGCGGCCCGUGGUGGCCUCCGGCACCGGUGAGCCCGACGACCCCGACGGGGACGCGCUGCCCGCCACCUGCCCGGAGGAGCUGGCCUUCGAGGCGGAGGUGGAGUACAACGGCGGCUUCCACCUGGCCAUCGACGUGGACCUGGUGUUCGGCAAGUCCGCCUACCUGUUCGUGAAGCUGUCGCGCGUAGUGGGGAGGCUGCGCUUCGUCCUCACCCGGGUGCCCUUCACCCACUGGUUCUUCUCUUUCGUGGAGGACCCGCUGAUUGACUUCGAGGUGCGCUCCCAGUUCGAGGGCCGGCCCAUGCCCCAGCUCACCUCCAUCAUUGUCAACCAGCUCAAGAAGAUCAUCAAGCGCAAGCACACCCUGCCGAGUUACAAGAUCAGGUUUAAGCCGUUUUUUCCAUACCAAGCCUUGCAAGGAUUUGAAGAAGAUGAAGAACUUAUCCAUAUUCAACAAUGGGCACUUACAGAAGGCCGGCUUAAAGUUACAUUGUUAGAAUGUAGCAGGUUAUUCAUUUUUGGAUCCUAUGACAGAGAAACAAAUGUUCAUUGUACACUUGAGCUGAGCAGUGGUGUUUGGGAAGAAAAACAAAGGAGCUCUAUUAAGACGGUUGAAUUAAUAAAAGGGAAUUUACAAAGUGUUGGACUUACACUUCGUCUUGUUCAGUCAACUGAUGGGUAUGCUGGGCAUGUCAUCAUCGAAACCGUGGCCCCAAACUCACCUGCUGCGAUUGCAGAUCUUCAACGGGGAGAUCGGCUCAUUGCUAUUGGAGGUGUGAAAAUCACAUCGACACUGCAAGUGUUAAAGCUCAUCAAGCAGGCUGGCGACCGAGUGCUGGUGUACUACCAGAGACCUGUUGGACAGAGCAACCAGGGAACAAUGCUGCCAGACAGUCUGGGCCAGUUGGAAGAAAACUUUUUGUCAAGCUCCUGCCAGCCAGGUUAUGAAGAGGAAGCUGCUGGGUUGCCAGUGGAUACUGAAAAUAGAGACCUAGAUUCUGAAUUUGAAGACUUGGCAAGUGAUGUCAGAGUACAACCAGAAUUGAAAGAGGAGACACAGCCGUUGAGUCACAGUCCAAAACGUACUCCAACAACACUUUCUAUUAAACCCCUUGGCGCUAUAUCCCCAGUUUUAAAUCGUAAAUUAAUUUCAGGAAUCCACCCACCACCACAAAAACUUCCAUCCAAAGAAGGAAAUAAACCAUCAGCUCUAAAAACAUCAGAGGGCACAGAAGCAGCACAAGUGUCCAAACCCCAAGGACCCACUUUCAAACCACCUGUGCCCCCACGACCACAGGGGAGAGUGCCUCUGCCUCCCACCGACACCUCAGCUCAGGCAGACCCAGAAGCCUCAGAAAAGCCAGACAAGGUGGUGCUCCCUCCUCUUCCUGCAGAUAAACCUGCUGAGAAGCAAAUGAAGAGUGUGGAUCAAGGAGAAGAUGUGGCAGCAGGUAAGCAGUCUUCAGCAAAGCAGGAAGUAGUGAAAGAUCUUCCUUCAGAAAGUUCUGCUCCUACUAAGGACACUUCAGAUGACCAUCAGAUGUGGGAAUCAUCAGAGGUUCUAUAUCGUAAUAAGGUAGGAAAGUGGUCAAGAACCAGAGCAUCCUGUAUGUUUGACAUAGAAGCCUGCCACAGGUACCUGAACAUUGCACUGUGGUGCAGGGAUCCUUUCAAGUUAGGAGGUCUCAUCUGUUUGGGGCAUGUUAGUUUAAAACUUGAGGAAGUGGCUUUAGGAUGCCUAGCUACAUCAAACAUGGAAUACCUUUCAAAGUUCAGACUGGAACCCCCUACACCUAAGGCCAUGGUCACUAGAACUGCACUACGUAAUCUGAGUAUGCAAAAGGGCUUCAAUGACAAAUUUUGUUUUGGUGACAUUACUAUUCAUUUCAAGUAUUUAAAGGAAGGAGAACCAGACCACCACAUAGUUCCUAAUGUAGAGAAAGAAAAAGAACUCCAUUUGGUUGAGGAAGUUUCUACACUCCCUAAAGAGGAGCAUUUUGUGGGACAGAUGAGUUUGUCAGAAAAUAAACAUAGUUUCCAAGAUACUCAGUUCCAAAACCCAACUUGGUGUGAUUACUGUAAGAAAAAAGUUUGGACAAAAGCUGCUUCCCAAUGUAUGUUCUGUGCUUAUGUUUGUCAUAAAAAAUGUCAGGAAAAGUGUCUAGCUGAGACACCUCUUUGUGGAGCAACUGAGAGGCGACUAGACCGGGCCCUGAAAAACCUCAGGCUGGACGGACAGGACCCACUCUUGGGCCUUCCUCCUCGUGUUGAAAUGGAAGCUAACAAGUCAGUCAAUAAAACAACAGGGUUGACGAGGCACAUCAUUAACACUAGCUCUCGUUUACUAAAUUUGCGUCAAGUCUCGAAAACUCGCCUUUCUGAACCAGGAACAGAUCUCGUAGAACCAUCACCAAAACACACUCCCAAUACGUCAGACAAUGAGGGCAGUGACACAGAGGUCUGUGGUUCAAACAGUCCUUCCAAACGAGGAAAUAGUGCAGGAAUAAAAUUAAUGAGAAAGGAAGGAGGGCUGGAUGACAGUGUUUUCAUUGCAGUUAAAGAAAUUGGCCGUGAUCUGUACAGAGGCUUGCCCACAGAAGAGAGGAUCCAGAAGCUAGAGUUCAUGUUGGAUAAGCUACAGAAUGAAAUUGAUCAGGAGUUGGAACACAAUAAUUCCCUUGUUAGAGAAGAAAAAGAAACAAAUGAUACAAGGAAAAAAUCAGUUCUUUCUGCUGCUUUGGCUAAAUCAGGAGAAAGACUACAAGCUCUGACACUUCUGAUGAUCCACUACAGAGCAGGCAUUGAAGAUAUUGAAACCUUAGAAAACCUGUCUUUAGACCAGCACUCGAAAAAGAUGAGCAAGUACACAGAUGACACAGAAGAAGACCUCGAUAGUGAGAUAAGCCAGUUGAUAGACUCUCAGCCAUUCAGCAACAUCUCCGAUGACUUGUUCGGCCCGUCUGAGUCGGUGUAACCAACAAGCUAUUUCAACUUUUACAUGGUUGGGACAAGAUGUAUCCGAUGUGCCACGGGUACAGCCACGUUCGGGUCUCUCACGGUGCACUUUGGCCUGCUUCUAUAGUUACUUGCUUGUAUGAAAAAGAAAAGAUAGUUUCCUGCAGAAACAUGACCAGCUCAUCAAAUUGGUUGUUUCGGGUUGUGCUUAUAGCUAUGGGUUUUUUGGAUUUAUACUGGGAAUUGGGUUUUAUUAAUUUAUUUUUAACCUUUUCUAAUUAUGUAAGCUAACUUUGUGUUUGUGUAUAUGUGAUGUUUCACUGUCAUUUUUUCUUUCCUCCUGUUUUUUUAAUUAGUGUUAAAUAAGAUUCUGUCCAGAUUCCUGAAAUAUUUUCUUUCACUUUCAUCACGGUUAUAACAGCAAAUUUGUUGCAUGCCUAAAUUGACAACAAUAAUCAUGGAGGGAACAGGUUUGAGUCUUCUUCCUUCUAUGUUUUGAGGUUUGUCAGCUGUACUUCCUUGAUGUUUUUGUUAUGUGGGGCUUGGGGGGAUUUUUGUUUUAUUUUAUUUUGCUUUUGUUGUUGCCAAAUGUAAAUGAAAGCAGACCCUACAGCUCUAAUCUGUUAUGCUUAUAUAGUUUAACUUUUUUACAUAUAUUGCUUGCUUCUUAUGCUUCUGCGAUAUCUUUAAAACUUUUAUGCAGUUGAAGUGUAGUAAAAUUACAGUGAUUAACUAGAAGAGGUUGCAAUGAAUAGAGAAUAAAUACAAAGUCCAGUUGGUCAAGAAUGUUGUAGAGAGGAUAACAAGAUUUCAUUACUGAAGAACAGUAACCAGUAGGAUUUUGAAAUAUCUUCCAAAUGUUGAUGCUUUCCUUUUAAGUGGAAGUUAUGGACACUCGUGGUAAUUUUUCAUCUUUGGUUCUCCCAUAGGAAAUAAAGCAUGUGCAAGGACAUUUAAAAUCUUACAGGACUCAUUCUGAAAAUGACUGUAUUGAUAACUGGCUUUGUUUGUAUGAUGUGGAGGGCAAUUACAGAGACUAUGUUUACUACAUCAUCUGGUGUCUUGUGGCCUUAAAGGAAUGUUGGUCAUUCUGAAUACUUAAGUAGUUCAGACCAUCUUCAUUCAUUGUAAAGAAAACUAAAAAUAGACAGUAUGCAUAGUUCGCUAAAAAUGAAGGCUUGCUAUGCUAUUGGGCCCGUCUAGUGGAUGCUGGUAACAAACAACUGAGAGAAAUAUAUGACCUUGACCCCUAUUGAUAUAUCUUAAAAGUCAAAGCUUGUUAUAUCUAUAGAAUAGAAAAGUGUUUUCCCCCUUUACAGGCAACUACUACAAUAACACAUAAACCAACUAAAUUUUAAAAUAUAUGGGAUAGCUCUUUGCUGCAGACAAAUGCAUAGUAUAAUACUAAAAAGACUGGCCCAGUCUGUAGCCCAGACUCCAGGAGGAGUUUCAGGUCAAAGCUCUUUGGUGAGCUGUACAAUCACAGGCGGGUCACAAAGGGUCACACAGCUUUCGAAGCUCCAAAGGUCCUUGCACUUCCUCACGGGACUGUUGUGAGGAAGACAGGAACAUAACUGCAAAGGCACUUUGAACAGUAAAAUGCUGUAAAAAUAAGAGGUGUUACUUACAUGAGAAAAAAUUGUUAAGUACAGAAAAGUUAUUCCAGUCUUGAACUUAAUAGCUAACUCUCACUCCCAUUAUUAAGUGAAAUAUUGGGGCACAGACCUACCUUUGUCAAGUUUAUAGCAAGGCUACAUCUGUGUAACUCCACCCCACCCCCACUCUUUUAUUAUUUAUUUAAGCAUGCUCACAGUGUAAAAGAACAUCACAGUAGGACUUUCCACAACAAAUCACAGAAGCUAAAGUGUUCCACAUCUUACGCUUGAAACAGUCUGCCCAAUGUAUAGCCAUGUUUCAUCUUGUAAACAAUAACUUGCCAUUGCUACCCUGAAGGUGGUAUGGCUGUAAGUGGCUGGUGUGUUUAUGGAUCAAACCAUGGAAGUUUUAGUGGUGCCCAAGCAUGCUCCUGCACUGAUGCAUUUGAAAGAGCUGUAGAAAUAAUGCAAAGCUUUAGUUCUAAGAAUCUACUCAUGCUUUAAAGUAUUUAUCUCUGUAGAACCACAAUCAUGGAAAGCUCAACAGUGCUGCUAAUUAUGUUUGUAAAUUAAAAUAUACCUUUAAUGUAGUGCAAUAUUUUUCUAUUGGGAGAGCAGUAGAGGCAGUUGGGAACUCCAAAUACCCUCAAGCAUAGUAAGGUAUAAGGCUUCAAUUUAAGACUGUGUUAUAUUACAUUACUCAUGUAAUCUUGCUGCCAUGCUAUGUUAUCAAUAGCUAAAAUAAUAAUAAAGACUACCACGAAAAAUAAGAAUAUCUUCAUUUGAUGACAUCUAAAAACAGGAGAUUGGUUCUUCUCUGGCAUUAUUACCUGGUAUAAUUUGGCCAUGCAGACAAGCUAACAAUCCACUUUUACUAAACAAAUAUGUAAAAGCAUUCAGAUUUUUACUGUUGUUCCCUUACUUUUUGAAACAGAUAUAUGGAUUUUCUUCUAAUGCUAUAUAGUAAUAAAUAGAUUAUUAUUCAUAGUGAGACCUGUCUCAGAAAAGAAAAAUUAAACUGUUUAAAGUACACUGUCUUCAUCGUUAAGUUGAAUGACUGGGUUAGGCAAAAUGAAUAACAUUUUAGUAUUAUUUUGCAAUCAUAAUAUGCUAUAUUUCUUUUUUAUUUAUUGUGUUGCUUUUUUGAGACAGAGUCUGUCUGGUCUCAAACUCAAUAGAGAUGUGCCUGCCUCUGUUCUGGAGUGCGGGGAUUAAAGGCAUGUACCACCAUGCCAAGCUGUACUGUGUUUCUUAGCAUCAGACUUCAUUUAAUAAUACUAGAACUUACUAUGUAGUACUUUCUCAUUCUAAGAACAGCCUAAAACUUUGAGAGUAAAGUCUACCUUUAAAAAAAAUUAUAAAGACAUUUUUAAACAUGUUUGGUUCUAGGAAGUAAGACAGUAGAGUUUAAAUUUUUAAGUCCCCUAAAGUUUUGAAAUCGCUUCAGUUUUAAAAAAGAAAAAGUAUUAAUUUUUAAAUUGAAGUGAUGGCAUUCUUUACCCUCCCCUCCAAAAGCAAACAAGGCUGGAAAGGGGGGUUCCCUUCAUCCUUUUUGAUCCCUUACUUUUCCUUAAGGUCUGAGUAAACCAGCAGGCCUCUCUAAUCCUGGAAACUACCGUGUGUAUAACAUUCAAAAUGAUCCUUAUUUGUAAGUCUUUCAGAGCCUGUUCUGUCACGUGGCUAGGUAUUACCAUCCUCUUCAUCAGACAAUUAUCUGUUCACAGCAAUUAGAACAAUUCAUUUGAGUUAAAGUCCAGGGCAACUCACUGUUUUUCCACACUGAUAGGGUGUAGUAAAUCUUAUAUUUCAUUUAAAGGAAGCAGCGAGAAGCCAGAGAGGAUGGUUUACCAUAGCCUGGAGUGACUUGCCCGAUGCCUGCAAACAGAGAGAAUGCUUUUUAAUUAAAUAUCUACAGCCAAAA